CCGAAAAUGGGGUCCAUCCCAUAGCCCAGAUCAGAAACGGUAACUGAAAUCUGUAAAAAGAAAUUCUAAAAAUGGAAGGCAACCGCCGACUUUGCCGGGAAAAUUCUUCACCUAGCGCCUCUCGGCUCCUCUCCAACUCUGUCUCAUCUCCUUCUUCAUCCAAAAACCAAACAACCUUCAAUCUCGCAAUUGGGUCUCACUCGGCCAGUACAAUUCAAUUACGAGUUUGACCUCCGUUUCUUUAACACUUCAGCCUUUAUCUCAGAUCUACUGACACCUCACUUUGGAAUUUUGCGUUUGAAUCAAGGCAAUGAAUGCCCAUCAAUUCAUUCGUGGGUCAGAUCAACGUCAGUUUUCUCUCAUAAUUUAUUGCAUUUAAUUCUGCCAUAUGCCCAAGAAAGGGACAGGAGACUCAUAAAUUUCUGAAUUGUUUCUAAUGAUUUGAGAAACAUUCUACCAGGAAAAAGGAAAAAAAAAAAAAACUACGGGUUUCUUGUUGGGAUAUGUGAUUUGAGAAGUAUUUGUGCCUCAUAAGUUUUGUUUCUUCGGUAACAAGAAAUACCCAGGUGGAUUUGUUCUUGGGUUUUACAUAAAGGAGGAUGGACUACAGGUUACAGUUUGUUGGGCUCCAAUCGAAUCCAGAAAUGGAGAUGGGAUCAUUAGAGGAGAGAUCAAAUCAUGAGCUUGAGGAUGAGAGUCUCAUAAGUCCAGCAAAAAUUGGGCAAAAGACAAAUUCUUUUCAUGCACCACAAUUGGGAUCUUCUUGUCGAGAUUGGCGAAUUUGGAGCAGUAAACUUUUGGGGAAUGCUGUAUUUAUGAGCAUCCGGGUUGUUGUUUUCUCCAACAAACUCAACUUGCUUAUGCCUUUUGGGCCUCUAGCAGUCUUAGUCCAUGGUUUGAGUGACCAUAAUGGCUGGGUCUUCUUUCUAACCUUGUUAGGGAUAACACCAUUGGCUGAGCGUUUAGGUUAUGCUACAGAGCAACUGUCUUUCUAUACUGGGGAUACAGUUGGGGGUCUUUUGAAUGCUACUUUUGGAAAUGCAACAGAACUAAUUAUAUCAAUUUAUGCUUUGAAAAGUGGUAUGAUACGUGUUGUUCAGCAGUCAUUACUGGGCUCAAUUCUGUCAAAUAUGUUAUUGGUGCUUGGAUGUGCAUUCUUUUGUGGUGGGAUUGUUUUCAAUAACAAGCAGCAGGUGUUUAACAAGGCAAUUGCUGUUCUGAACUCUGGGUUGCUAUUGAUGGCAGUCAUGGGCCUACUCUUUCCAGCUGUUCUACACUUCACACACACUGAAGUUCAUUUUGGGAGGUCAGAGUUGGCUCUUUCAAGGUUUAGCAGCUGUAUUAUGCUUCUGGCAUAUGCUGGCUACCUUGUUUUCCAGUUAAAGAGCCAAAAGGAUCUAUAUAUGUCUAUUGCUGAGGGAGGGACUCUGCCUGAAGAGGGCUCAGAUGAUGAUGAAGGUCCAGAGAUCUCUAAAUGGGAAUCAGUAAUUUGGCUUUCAAUCUUAACUGCUUGGAUAGCAAUCCUAUCAGAAUAUCUUGUUGAUGCAAUAGAGGGCGCAUCGAUUGCAUGGAAAAUGCCUGUUUCAUUUAUUAGCGUGAUUUUGCUUCCAAUUGUAGGGAAUGCUGCAGAGCACGCAAGUGCUAUUAUGUUUGCUAUGAAAGACAAGCUUGACAUUUCCUUAGGAGUGGCAAUAGGGUCAUCAACACAGAUAUCUAUGUUUGCGAUUCCCUUUUGUGUCGUUAUUGGGUGGAUAAUGGGCUGCCCCAUGGACUUAAAUUUUCAACUUUUUGAGACAGCAACACUUUUUAUAACUGUUUUGGUUGUGGCCUUCUUGCUUCAGGAAGGCACUUCUAAUUACUUUAAAGGACUAAUGCUCAUUCUUUGCUAUCUAAUAGUUGCAGCAAGUUUCUUUGUACAUGUCGAUCCUACUUCAGUAGGUCAGUUUUUAGUCAAAAUUUUUAACUGGUGUCCAUGUGGACGAAUUAAACCAAAAUAUAUUCCCUGUGAUUCCAACAAAGUUCUCAGCAGUUAUUGAAAAAUUGUACAUAGAUGUCCUUGCUAGCCAGCAUGGGGGAUGGGGGAAGAACUAGGCACUAGAGAAGUAGGAUUUAGAAAGUCUAGAUUACUCUUGUUUUUUGGCUGAUGCCUUUGGUUUUUACUAGUCAAUAAAGGUUAACCUAAUUGACUUGACCCAUCCUGUAAUUGAGGUAACUUUUUCUGUUACUAUAUUGUUUGCAAGAGAUUACUGUAGGAGCUUUUGCUAUGGACUACUAUUGUUGGUAACACUUAUUUCUGUUGCAUCUGGGUGGCCUGGAUUAGUUGAACCAUUCAAUCAAAAGGGGGUUCCUUCAGUUGAUUUAAUAAUUUCCACAUUAUAUUCUCUCUGCUUGAAACUUGUUAUAGUUUUUCCAGAAUCUAACGUAAUGUGAUU